AUGAGUCGUGCAACAACAUUAAGCAAAGGCUGGAUGGUGGCUGCUAGUGUUGGAGCUGUUGAGGCUUUGAAAGAUCAAGCUGGUAUAUGCAGAUGGAACUAUGCUUUAAGACAAGCUCAUCAGCACCUUAAAAACCGUGUUAGAACUUUUUCUCAAACAAAGAAUUUCUCAUCUUCUUCACUUGUUGUUAGCAAAUUUAAAGAUGAGAAGAAGGCAAAACAGGCUGAGGAGUCUUUGAGGACUGUCAUGUACUUGAGCUGUUGUGGUCCCAAUUGAUUCAUUUCUAAAUUAUAUUAUUGUUAGAUUAUAUAGUUAUGAUAGAUUAGAUUAGAUUAAUUAUGUAAAGUUUGUAAUAUUAUUCAAUGAAGAAAGCUUCUUCUUCACAUCUUUGUUUCCCAUUACUGCAUAUGACUCUUCAUAUCUGGCCACUAGUAAGAAGUACCCCAAAUAUAAUAGUUUUUUUUUUUUGGUGUAAAUCGCGUUUCUCUGCACGUAAUUGCAGAAACUAAUCUCUCGAGUCUUGUGAGACUCAAAUGGGUGACAAACUCUCCCUGAAAAUUUUAACAAUGCUGCAUAUACAAGCCAGUUGGUUAAGCUAGAAGAGAUUCGCCCUGUUGGUUCCAAAUAUAUAAUAGUUUUAAGUUAAUUUAUGUUUUAAAACAAAGAGAGUAUUAACUUAAUUCCUAUGAUUAAUUUGGGCUUUAAAAAAGAAAAGAUAAAGAUAAGAUUGAAAAAGAUAUGGGUCCAUAAGUGACCAAAACCACAUAAUCUAGAAAACCAGCAACAGUUUUCCGCCCCUGGUUUUAACUCUUGCUACAGUUAUUGGAGGAUAGCCAGGCUGAAUACAAAGGACAGCAAGGCGUUUUUAUGGUUCUUGUAUCACAAAAUCUCAUCACACUUUCUUCUUCAACGCUUCAUCAUCGUUAACGAUGUCAGGAAGAAAGAGAACCAGAUCAUCAAUGAUCAACAGAGCAUCAUCAUCUCGUGCUCCUCAAUUCAAUGCUUCCAAGUUUUUAGGAAUCGAGCAACAAAGACGCUAUGAGAAGAUAUCCGGUUUCCGUUUCACCGACGAACGAGCCUUCAGUUUCAAACAAUCUGAAUCAACAGAAAUAACAGAAGAACUCACAAGAAGAAACUGGGAUUCCUUAAACUCACUAAUCAAACCAUCCAAAUUAACCAUCGCCUUAGAGUUUUUCGCCAACGCUUACCGGUUAGAAGAAGAUAUAGAAUCUCACACAACUGUUGUGAGAGGAAAAACCGUCGAUUUUAGUGCAGAAGCUAUUAACAAUUUACUCGGAUUACCGACACCGCUGGAGUGUGGUGUGCAGCGAAGAAGAGAUGAGCUUGUUGGAAAGUCGAGAGAAGAGUAUGAUGUGAUUUUGCGAGAAUUGUGUAGAUCUGGAGCACAAUGGCAAAAUAAGACAGAAAAUGGGAACCCAACAAUGUUCAGACACAAAGAUAUGAUGCCUAUACCUAAAGCUUGGGGUUCUUUUUUAGUUCAAACUUUGGAAAGUUGUUCGAAUUCAUCGGAGUUUCGAGUACAGAGAGCGGUGGCUGUGCAAGCUAUAUUACAUAAAGAAGAAAUAAAUGUUGGAAAGCUGAUUAGUGAUAAUUUGGUGAAAAUGGCAAAUGAGAAGAAGAAUACAUGGAUGUUUGGUCAUUGUUGUAUAAUUAAUGAAUUGUGCAAGAAUGCUGGAGUUUUGAUUGAUUCGAGUGACGUUGAUUUGAUACCUAAAGCGGUUAUUGAUCAAGGAUGGAUGGAUAAAUGUCCAGAUACUCCGAUUGAUGAUGAGAAUGACAGAGGGCGGACGAGGAAGAGGCGACAACCAUCCUCAUUACAGGAGCGUCCGCUGUCACACCGUGACAUGCAGGAAUAUCUCAUGGCAAGUUUAAAUUUUAUGCAGGAUGUAUCUCGAAACUUGCAUUUGAGUGAGCCAAUUAUGGAUGAGCAAUCAACAUUAUGGCAAGCCGCUCAGCAACAUCGAAAGGAGCAUCCUCCUUCGAUAUAUGAGCGGUUUGAGGGAAGUCGUGAACGUUUAGAGCAGCAUCACAAAGCGCAAAUGCGCGAACUUAAACAUCGACAGGCUCAAGAACUAGCGGAUUUCAAAUUCGAAGAGUCGCAGCAUCCUCAAAAAGAGGCAUAGGAAUUUGGUCCUAUUUUGCUGACCUUGGCGUCCCAUAUAUGUAUAUAUAUACCUAGCACCACAACCAUCCUGACCAGUAGUGAUUCCGGCGUCUCACACUGGAUUUUUCUGUUUUAUCUUUUAGGAUUAGUUAUUACUAGUAUUUAUGUUUUAACUGUAAUUUUCUUUUAAUUUUAGUUUUAUAUGUACUCCUGUUAUGAACGGAUGAAGCAAUUGACUAGUAAUUCUGCUCUAAAAA